AACAAAUAUCCAUCUGAAAGUCUAGCUGCUUUUUCCCGGUAGUUUUUUUCAUCUUUAUACAGAAAAAAAUAAAAAUAAAUCUGCUUGGCCAAAAAAAUAAAAUAAUUCUGUAUAGAUAUUGGGGAAAGGUCUUUAAUCAAUUUGGGGGUGUUGUGAGCAUAGAUAGGCCCAUUAAUACUAAAAGUCCCAAUAUCAUAUUUUGGUUUUCCGCUUCUGAGGAACUAAGCGCGGGAAACCAAAAAAUAAAAAUAUAAAAAUAAUAAAACCUCUGGACGUUGCAGAGUGGUGAGUGAGGAAGAAAAGCAUAGAUCCAGAAAGAGAGAGAGAGAGAGAGAGCGAGACGUCGUAAUCUGAUGGAAGAAGUUCACUCAUCCGCGGAACCUAACGGAUGCUCCGAUUCUCCAUUUACCAUAUCCCAGCCGCCAGAUAUUAAGAAUUGGUUUUCAAGUUACGUCUAUGAAUCUCUCGCACUGACUUCUGUUCGAGAGGAGGAGGAGGAGGAGGACAAAUGCAUUCUUGGUGCCGACAAAGAUCAUAAACCUAUCAACAAGAAUAUGUCAGAUACGAAUCUCUAUGAAUCAUCAUCACUCCCUUCUGAACCUCCUGAUAUAGCCAAUUGGUUUUCUAGCUAUACCUAUGAAUCACCGCCCGUCCUGGAUACAAAUGAUGCUCUUUACUUUUCGGUUGGUGGAGAAGAUAGUGAACGUGUAAAGGAGACGCAAGCAGAAGAAGAAGAAAUUGGAGGAAAAUAUCUUUGUCCUGGUUUGUUUGAGCAACAACAACUUGUCUCUCCUGCAAAGGUUACAGAUUUCUCUCAGUCUCAGCAUCUUCUUUCAGAGCCUCCUGAUGUUGGAAACUGGUUUUCAAGCUAUGAGUACCAAUCUCCUCACCUUUCAGACACUCAUGAACUUGAAUUCUGUUCUCCUGAGCUAAUCGUUGAGGAGAGUGACACUGAGGGAGAUAAUAGUUGUGGUAUUUUCCGGAAAACUAAGAGCAAGCAAGACACUAUUAUUGCUCCUGACUGCUUAAAAUCAAAUGACUGCAAUGAAAGCAUGGCCACAGACACGGAGGUCUCUGCAUAUUCAAACCAAGAAAGGGAAAAUAAGUCAACGGUUAGUUUGUUCAGUGCCUCAACCAGAGAAGUGGGACAAGAAGCAUUGUUCUGUGAAAUGAAAGACGAGCCAAGCUUUAGCCACUCGGGAGUUUCUUCUUGUUAUAACCCAAAACCACAAUCGUUGGCUUAUUUACAGGAGGAGCUGAGACCAAAAGAAAAUGAUCACGAAACCAUUUCCACUAGCUCCAGCAUGCAAAAGACUGCUGAAAAGGAAGAAAACCUAGAGUCAGUAGGAUCAGAUGGCAAGGAAAAUUUAGAGGGAAAAAGCACUGAGACUGGAUUUGUGACGAUGAGAAAGGCCAGAUUUAGAGACCAAAGUUCCAUGACGAGACCAAUCAGAGGAGUUCUGGGGGAGUGCUCAAGAAGUAAAGAGUUAACGAAGAUGGCAACAGAAGAAGAAGAAGAAAGAAAGAAGAAGAAGAGAAGAGUUUUGGGUGAAAUGUGGAAUCAUCAGGUUUGUGGAGGAGAGGAGGAGAUUGCAGGAAAAUGGAGUUGCCCUCAGAAAAAGAAAGGGAAAUCAGGUCCGCCAUUGAAACAGCUUCGGCUUGAUGCGUGGAUGCGUAAAGUCUGAGUCUUUGUGGAGGAGGAGGAGGAAGCUUCACCAACAAACAAUGUUGGUGAUUCUUUCCCUCUCUUUUCAUGUAUUGUAAGAUGAAAAACUUGGUAGAUAACACAAACCGGAUCAGACCGGAUUCAAUUCGGUUAA